GAUUUGAAUGGACCAAUUACCAAUUCAGUUUUGUUUUCCAAACAACUCUCGACUCGAUUCUUACGACAAUUAUCUUACUUUUCAUCAGUAACAGAAGAAGAGCAAAAGUUAAAUGAAGAAAGUUUUUCAGUUUGGGUGAACCGUCCUGUGAAUCGAUUAUUAAUCCAACCCCUAAUCUCUAGUAUCCCAACUAUUUCUAAACCUUUUCAUCAUGCAAUAAUUGGAUUGGAAAAUGUUUUGAAGAUGUUUGAUCCUAUGAUUUCUCCUGAUCCGUUUCCACUCUCUAUCCCGAAUCAUCUUGAAGGUUUAGAUGAUCAAAUCGGUCAAGUUGCAAGUCUGGAUGACAAAGUUUUAUUUUUUAGUUCUGAACCAAUUGAGGAAUUGAUGAUCAAUUCUAUCGAUCAUGAUUUAAAUACGUGUUGGAAAAUUAAACUUGAUCAUCGAAUCGGGAUUCAAUACAAGUUUAUUGGAUUGAAUUUCAUUGCACCAAUCUUUUCUUUAAAUUCGUUUCAACUCAUCUUCAAUUCAUCAAACCCAUCAUCAUUUCAAUCUAAAUUGAAUUCUUCCUUGGAAUUUCUUUCAUCAAAUUCAACUAAAUGGGAACGUAUGGAUACGGAUUUAGGUGUGGGUAAAAUCGGGUUUAAAGUAAUUGAAAAUGCCUACCAAGAUGUUAAAAAAAUUAAACUUAGUUUUAGGUUUCAUGAUGAUGAUGAUGAAUCUAGUGAGAUUGAUGAAAGAUGGAUUGAGAUUUGUGGUUGGAUGAUUAAUGAAGAUUGGAUACUUUAAAAAGUUUAUAAAAACCGGCGGGUGUUUUUUCCUUUCACUGAUGUUUUCUUUUUUUUUGGUUGUUGUUGUUUUGAGCAAUUAUUAGUUUGUGUAUGAUUUCUCUUUUUAUACAUAUAUCAAAUUUCAAAGAAUGAAAUCUUAGAUGAAUCAGGAUCAUUUGGUACU